UACUGUAACUUGCACUGUAGUACAACAAACUGGAUUUUUCCGAUAUAGUGUUAUAGCUGAAUAGUCCUGUCACAUGUAUCAGAAAAUCUCAGAACAUCUCGUUGGGCAACAGACUCUCUCUCUCUCUCCCUCUCCCUCUCCCUCCCUCUCUCUCUCUCGCUCUCUCUCUCUCUCUUUCUCUUUCCUGCAUGCGUUUUUCACCCCCUUUUCUUCCGUGGUUAAUGGAUUAACAAUAGCCUGAAGGAGACUUAUCAAGACCGACUGAGAUCUGCGGCACUUGUAGAAAACGGGCAUCUAAAACAGGUGGCCACAGUUCACGCUGUCCUGAUCUUCCUCUGCUACAAUAACAGGCUGCCAUCUGAGGAACGCUGAGGUACAGUGCGCAGGCUCUCCCAGCGCUGUUCUCCAGCAUCAAACCCCAGAGCAACGCACAGCGGACGCUCGGCCAACACGUUCCGGGUUUGAUUGUCAACGUGUAAACCCGAGGACAAUUCUGGAAAUCAAGCAGAACAUUCAGAGACAACAGAAGAGAAAUUCUCCCAGAGAGAGACAGAAAGAGAACAUUAGUCAGUGGGAGAGCUGCUGCUUUGUGUCUCUCGUUUUUCCUUCGCUGAACCCUCCUCAGAAGGUCAGAGGAGCAUGUAACUGAAACAAGUGGAGCCCUCGGUGAUUUCGGCAUUCUGUCUCCCCCAUCUGUGCCUACAUUCUCUGCUACAGAUAGGGACGUUUUGAUAAUUACAUAUAAUUAUAAUUUCUGUGGGAGACAGAUCUGCUUCUGUCUAUUAUUGCCAACACCUCCAACACAAUAACUUCACACAUUUACAUAUUUCUCAACAAAAGUGAUAUUCUUUGAACCUCCGAGACAAAUCAGGAAUAAUUUUGCUUAGAGAGACAUGUCACAUGGAGAAGCAAUGUGCCAUUCAGUUCACGUCUAAUUAGUGAUACAUUUGAAUGACACAGGCGACUUUUUGUGCCUAAAAGCUGAAUAGAGAGCAUUUGAAAUCAGUGGCGUUUGCCUCAUUUCGCGAUGUAUUUUACAGGCAGGGAGUCAUUUCCUUGGUUUGUGCUUACUCCUGAUUUUCAGCUGUUACUGUCUUUUAGCACUUAAGCUGAGCCUCACUCAUUAUCACCCCUGGCCCAGUCACAGUAACAGUCAGUGCCAGAAGAGUACUGAUGCAUAUUAAACAAUCAUAGAAAAGAUUCAGGUGAAGUACAUGGUGUAUCUACUGAUAUGUGGCUAGAACAAGUUAACAUGGAGGAAAGUUCCUCCUCCAGAGAAACUAAGCAACAUCAAUAGACCGUGUUGAUCAGGAGGUUCAGUCUGUUAAUUCCACUGGAUUGUGUUACAAUGCCAGGAAUUGCCAGAUACAUUAAAAGAAUUAUAGAUUUCACGCGUAUUUCCAAACAAGAAUUGCUUACAGUUUAAAUAAGUGCCAAUUCUGAAUGUAUGUAGUGCUAGACUAAAACAGGAAUCCAGGAAUGAACAAAACAGAUAAAACUGUUUACAUUUGACAAAACACAGGCCAUAGACUAUCAUUCAAGUGCCAUGGUCAGCACAGGAAUGUACAGGACCGCCAUAUUUUGCUGAAAAUAGUUGCUACUAAUUUUUACUGGCCUUUGUGGUUACAAAUAGUGAUUCCAUCCAGCAGUACAUCAGAUUAGUCCUUUUAGUUCAGUGGGACAUGUAGAACAAGGCAUUAAAGACUAAAAGCAUGAAGAUUGUUAUGUGCAAUUUGUCCUUUAUACAAAGAUACGUCCAUUUUAGUGUUGUAGACUUGAGAAGCGUUGUUUUUCGAGGGCAAAGGUGGUCUGAGUUCCUCUCUAGCUAUAAAUUAAAACCAUUUGAAUGCCAUUAUCAACAAUUACUGAAAACUUCCAACUGAUUUUGAUAGUGGUAGUCCUUUAAAAUUACAUUAUUCCUGACCUUAUCUAUUAGUACAUCAUAUAAAUACUUCAAAUUUCAUCAUCCAUUAUUACUGAAUGAAACUACUCAUACACCAUCAAUAUCCAGUAGGUAGUACAUGCUACUGGAAUAUUUCACAUGCCAUUCUAGUGGGUUAAACUGCAAAAGCGGAUACAGUGUUGCAACUGCAUUGACUCAACAACAGAAAAUAGAUCUCUUAGUCAUGUAAAAAUGACGCCCACCACCAAUCUCCGAGUCCUCGCUGUCUCCCUGCUUUCCCUCCUCACUGCCCCACUUACCACUGUUGUGGAGACCUCUCCGUCCCCCUCUCCUCAGCUCAUAGACCGCUCAGGGAGACCAUUCACUGAGCAGCCCAAGACUGGCCCCAGCCCAUCUCUCCUGCUCCUUGCCAUGCAGGCCAGUAUUAGGCCAGCUGCUCUCCAAGGCAGGACAAAAACCCCUGAGAAGCUUCCAGAAACCUCAGAGGGAGUUCUGGAGAUGCCUCCAAGACCCCUUCCCCAGGUCAUGUUCCCCAAGAAUGUGACUUCAGCAGGGGCCCUCGCACCUCCCUUAGGCGCAGCCCAGGUAGCGCCCAUUCCACCCCGUCUGAUAGAUGGAUGGAUGGAUGUAUGUCGGGGUUAUUAUGAUGUAAUGGGACACUUUGACAGCGCUUUCAAUUGCUCCAAGGACACCUUUAUCUAUUGCUGUGGAACGUGCCACUACCGCUUCUGCUGUCCGGAACGAAGUCGGCAACUGGAGCAGGACAGCUGUAAAAACUAUGACUCUCCAGACUGGGCCAAGCCACAAACAGACUCCAUGAUUCUACCAGAGGAAUUGGGUCCUGACCCAGACUUCGAUCCCUUGAAACAGCAGAGCCACAAUACUGGCUUUGUCAUCGGAGGUGUAGUUGUGUUCAUGGUGGCUGUGGCUGUGGGCAUCAAGGUGGUCUUCAACAAGGUACAACAGGAAGCCAACCAAAGGGACCUCAAUAUGCCCAGAGCCCUGGUUGACAUGUUGCGACACCAGUCGAGCCCAGUCCAGCAGGAUGAGAGAAACAACAGCGUGGCUCUGACUGUAGGGGACGGACAGGGGACACUGGGGAGAGCUCCAAAAAAUCUUUAUGCCCCAGGACUGCCUAGCAAGGACAACAGAUUGGGAAAUCUGCAGCACAAUUUCAUCCACUCUUCCGGGUCCAGCCCCAAACACACCGCAACUAUCGAACGCACCCCUCGAAUGAACAAUGCUCAGCUGGCAGCUGGAGGCACCCUGCUCUCCAGUAAACACAACAACACCAAAUCCCAGCCUUCCUUCCACCACUCCCUGCACAACCUGGCUCAGCUGCCGCCCUCCUAUGAGAGCGCCACCAAGCCCGAGCUCAACAGAUACUCCUCACUCAAACGCCUCGAGAAAGGACUUGAUGAAUACUCGUCUGGUUACUGCACCACCAAGCGCCGACCUCACACAGCCCAGCCAGCCCUCCAGUCCUCUCAGCACCACCUCCACUGGGGUGGAGACUACACCCUCAGUGGGAGAGGAACCCUCCCCAGGCAUGCAGUCCGUCCCUGGAUCCCACCACCACCUUCUGGCAUGCCUGCCUCACCCACCCCGAAUCCUUACCCUCUGGAUCCUCCAGAGCCACAGUACAACCCCAAUUACGACACCCUCUCCAAGCCCCCGAGGAAAGUAAAGUCCACUGACCAGCUGCUCAACAUGGGUGACGUCCCUGGGAACACGGGGACUCUGUCCAGGCUGUCCAAGAACCAGCAACACCAGUACUAUAAAGCCAUGGCUGCCUCCAAUAAGAACUCCAACACGCAGACCCUCACCAGGAAGACCCAGGACAGGAGGGAGGAGAGGCAGGAACGGCUGCUCAUGUCCCCAGACCAUUUGGAGGAGAGGAUGGGGGUCGGCGGGAUGGGAGUUGUAGAUCCAUAUGCCCACACAGGAGGGAUUGUCCCCACGCUGCCUCGCCAACAGAAGGCCCAGUCCCAGCAGAACGUCUGCGCCACGCCCUCCCUGGACCGACACCACAUGAUCAAGAUGAACUCUCACCCCACAUCCGGACGAGAGCAGGAGAGGAACACGGCUAUGACGGGGCACAUGAGUGGGGGCAUGGGUUGGGCGGGGGAGAUGCCCGGGGCCGGUGUAGUCAUGGGAACGGGAACACUAGGAGGCCACAGCGCCAGGAGGAUGGCUUUUGCGGCGAAAAGGCAGAACACCAUUGAGCAGCUACAUUUCAUACCAGGAGGGGGCGGUGGGGGGUCAGGAGGAAGUGGAGGAGGGAGUCAGGGGAUCAGGACGGGUAGUAAAAAUGAGGUGACGGUGUGAGGUCUGUGCCUAAUGUAGAGUUAACCCCUCAUCAGAAGUAUGGGAAUAGAUCACCCUUCUGCAUUUAACUAUUAGAUAUACAACUACGAGACAUAAAACUAUAAGUAUAAGUAUAGUAACAGUAUAACGUGUUUAGGCUAUUCAAAUUAGUGUUAUCUUGUAAUUAAAUAGCUUAAAUAUGAUUACUUAAUUACAAAUCUAAGUGGGGAACAUCUGUUCCAAUUAUGUGAUAGCCUACAUCAGCCAUAUUUUGUAACAAAUUCGCCAUAUUGCCAUAUACAGUGGUGCCAUUACUUGUAGAAAGACUGACUGGGAGGGUGAAACAAAACCAACAGAAGUGUCGUUCAUAAUUUUGUUUUUAUAUAUGUUUUUAAAAAGUACUCAGGAGCCAUAUUAGAUAGGUAACAAGACGAUAUUAAAAAAAAAAACAAAGAGGUUGAAGAAUAGGAGGACUAUGGAAUAUUGUAUCACAGAGUUUAACAGAAAAUUGAACCAACAACCUGCUGGACUGUCAAUGCGCUCAGUCCUCACCAACAGCGAUUUAUUAAACUGAAUCUCAUGGGUGAGUCUGAAUGAACUGUGCGCCCGGUGAGGGUUUCCGGAGAGCUGACACUCUGCUGAACCAACCUCAUCCUGGCCCAGGGAGACCAAACUGAUUUUUGUUGCUUCCGAUCUACAUGGGCGGACACGGUGGGGGCUGUUUCUGAUUGGGACACAAAAGACUGACGCUACUGGUAGGACUCUGCGCCCGAUUUAAACCGCGGACGUACCCACAUUACCAAUCUGAUGCCUGGGUUGCCUAGUUUUCCAUGUGACCUUAGAUCAAAUCCACAGAGGAACUCACGCUUUGAUCACUGUUACACUACACGAGUGUAAACUGAUGUUAGAUUACGUUGUGGUUGUGUUUUCCCUAAUGUUCCCAUCUACAGAUCAGGACCUAAGUGUAAAAACAAUGGGCUACCAAAUGAUUUAGAGCCAUCUGUCACGUUAUUACAAAAACAUCUUGACAUGACAUUAACAUAGACGAGUUAAGAGAUAACAGAACAGAAGUACGUGUU